CGAUGCUCCCUAGUAUUCGGCGAAGCGAACGAAGAGGCGAUGAAAAACAAGUACUGCACCAAAGUCGUGGAUUGCCUGCCCGGUACACAUGUCAUGUGCUUGUACGGAAAUAAGACAAUAAUGGGCCCUAGAUGUAGCGGUGGCAAAAUGCUUCCGCUUACUGAAGAUGAAAAAACACACGUAUUAGAUAUCCUUAAUGAGUUUAAGCGAAAUUUGGCUAAAGGCAAAGAAGACCUUCCAAAGGCCUACGGCAUGAGAAAACUGUUCUGGGACGAUUCCUUAGCAGAAUUUGCCCAGGUGUGGGCAAACCAAUGUGAUGGAGGCCGGCAUGACCUGUGUAGGGCUUCAGAAGAAUUCCCUAGUGCGGGCCAGGCUAUGUGCACUCUACGGUUCAACUACCCAGACUGGAGCUUACAAGGCGUACAAUUUAAAGAUACGUCCAAAACCCUAACGCCAGAGAAAAGGGUACAAGUCAUCGAAUCUUUUGCAGAAGCUAUUUACGAAACCAGUGACGUGGAGAUAGAGCAAAUAGAAAACUAUCCUAGCGGCGACUUCAGAAACUCAUAUCUACUGGCAGUCCACGGGAGUACCACAAACGUCGGCUGCGGUAUGUCUAGUUUCCAUGAUUACUAUAGGACCGCAGACGAGGAACCCAUCAUUUUCCAUGCAGUAGAAAUUGUUUGUAACUUCUCUAGUCAGCCAAAAGGGGGAGAGAAGGUGUACGAAACCAAGUGGUCUGAUGGGGAGGGUUGGACAAAAUGUGGCUGUCCCGACGGCUUCAUCGAAGAUGACUGUCUCUGUGUACCAGGAAAACUUCUAGUCCAGUCAAGAAAUGACACACAAAGUGAAGACAGAGAUGACCAACAAAAUAAAGACAACGAUAACCAACAGAAAGAAGAUAACAAAGACAAGGAUGACCAACAGAAUAAACACAAAGAUAACCAACAAAAUACAGACAAAAAUAACCAACAAAAUAAACACAAGGAUGACCAACAAAAUAAACACAAGGAUGACCAACAAAAUAAAGACAAGGAAGACCAACAAAAUAAAGACAAAGAUGACCAAAAUAAGAAAGACAAAAAUAACCACCAAAAUAAAGACAAAGACGAACGAAAUAAAGGCAAAGAUGACGAACGAAAUAAAGGCAAAGAUGACGAACGAAAUAAAGGCAAAGAUGACGAACAAAGUAAAGGCAAAGAUGAUGAACGAAAUAAAGGCAAAGAUGACGAACAAAAUAAAGGCAAAGAUGAUCAACAAAAGAAAGACAAAGAUGACAGAAAUAAUCAGAAGAACAAAGAUACGUUACAUUCCAGGAAUGAACAUGGCAACACAGAUGAUACAUGUAAUGCGGAUGACCCUAGCUGCAAGCCUCGAGUCGUGAUAAUGCCAAUCAUCACUGUCGAGAAUGCGGACACGGACCGGUGA